AUUUUUUUAAGUGUUGAACACCACGCGGCGCUGCAGUCGAAAUAUCCCAGUCCACCUUCGUGUGCUGAGUGAAAAUCAGUGGGGAAAAAGUCUUUUUGUGAAGUAAUAAAGAGUAUUUGGGGCGAAAUGGCUAGUUCAGCCUCGAAAGCACCUCUCUUCCGAUCAGUUGCCAUUCGCGGAUAUGCCGCUCAGGCUGCUUCAAAGCCUGCCAGAGGCACCAGCGAUGUGCAGACAACGACUCUGCCCAAUAAGCUCGUGGUGGCUUCAGCAGAGGCAGCAACUCCCAUCUCAAGGGUGUCCAUCCUUGUCCGAGCUGGAUCCCGCAAUGAGACCUACGACAACCUGGGAACAUCCCAUGUUCUCCGUGCAGCUGCCGGAUUGACCACCAAAGGCUCCACAACUUUUGCCAUUACUCGCAAUAUCCAGCAGAUUGGUGGAAGCUUGAGCGUGGCCAGUGACCGUGAAUUGGUUGCCUACACCCUCGAGGUGACGCCUAAUCAUCUGGACGUGGGUCUGAAGUUCCUUCAGGACGUAGCAACGGGCCAGGUGUUCAAGCCUUGGGAACUGGAGGAGCUCGUGCCACGCAUGCGCGAGGAUUUGGCACGGAUCUCGCAUCCCGUCCGAGCUGUGGAUCUUCUCCACCGUGCUGCCUAUCGCAAUGCCCUGGGUAAUUCCAUCUUCUGCCCCAAGCAUCAGAUCGGAAAGAUUUCUCCAGAGACUCUGCAGCACUACGUAGCUUCCAACUACACCACCAACAGGACAGCCGUGGUGGGCGUUGGAGUUGAUCACAAUCUCCUGGUUGGUUAUGCCCAGAAUCUUCCUCUGGAUUCCGGAGCUGGUAAGGACAAUGCUUCCUCCUUUGUGGGAGGCAAUGAAGCUAGACUCGAUCGCGGCGGGAACUUGGCUCACGUGGCCAUUGCUACCCAGGGAGCUGGAUGGGCCAAUGCCAAAGAAUGCCUGGCCCUCCAUGUGCUCCAGUACGCGGCAGGAGUUGGAGCCUGGACAAGGCGUGGAAAUGUCAAUGGAGUCGUAGGGAAGGCAGUUUCAGCAGUCGUUGGCGACAGACCCCUCGGCUUUGGGGCCUUCAAUGCCAGCUACAGCGAUGAUGGGCUCUUUGGCUUUGUGCUGUCCACCGAGGCCAGGGAUGCCGGAAAAGCCGUGGAGGCUGCAGUGAAGACUCUGCGCAGCGGAAGCCUGUCAGGAGAGGAUAUUGCUCGCGGGAAGACGCAGUUUAGGAAUGAUUUCUUGUAUUUUGUGGAGAAUGGGGAGAAUCUGGCCCAGGAUCUUGGGGCUCAGGCUGCUCUUUGUGGAAGUGUUCUAUCACCAGCUCAAAUUGCUGCUGAAAUUGAUGGAGUUUCCGCGUCAGAUGUCAAUGCUGUGGCCAAGAGGGUGGCGUCUGGAAAAUUGGCCCUGGGAGCCGUCGGCAAUCUGGCAACUGUGCCCCAUGUUCAUGAAUUGUAAUUUGCUUUUUCUGUCGCUUGCAAAUAAAAAAAACUAUUUAACAAUUGAUUGAGAGAAGAAGCCGAGCUGUGGGGGAUAGUUAAUAAAUUUAUUGUUAGAAACGAA